AAGCCAACAAACUAACGGUACCCUCUCUUGGAGCAUGACUGCCAUCGCUAAUGCAUUGGGCCUGGGGAAUCUACCGGUUGGCAUCCAAUAUGCCGUGAUCGGAUUGGUGGUCGCUCAUGUGCUGGCUUUCUCGUACUGGCUACUACGCAUCACGACCGAUAAGAAGCGACUCGAGAUGCGCUUCAAGGAGGAGUAAGGGGCGGGGAAACGAGGAGCGAGGAGCGUGUCAGAGACUUGCUGAGUUCGGCUUGUGUUGCUUCCGCGAACUCAGUACGUGCGGGCGGCUGCUGCUGUACGAUGCUCCUCUUGUAAUCUUGUAAUUGUAGGAUUGAACUUUUGAAAGAUUAAGGUUAGUGGUAAUGUGAAGUUUCUCUUAGCGAAACGAAACCGAUAGGGUAAGUCGGUAGCUUGCCCGUGGGCAUGUUUGGGAGUGUUUUGGUCGUUGAAUGCUGGCCAAACAUACGAGGUUACCGAGGUGCGAGAGGUACCCUUGCUUUGCUUCCGUCACAUGGAGCAUUUGGGCGAUGCAUGUCACAGCGGCGCGAUGCCUCAUUGGUUCGUCAAGCCCUGUUUCUUUGCGCACAUGUAAGCAUAGCGUUGCCCUAGAUUUGAUAGGCAUGGAGGUCGGGGAUGAAUUCCAACAGCUUGCUUGACCCACAAGACGUUGGUGCUGGCAAGAGUAUUUAUCCUCGCCACCCCGAGGUCCUUGAAGCACCCGGCAAACCCUUUCAUCAACAGCCCUGUAGGCCUAGAUAGUGCAGCUCCUCUCCUUGUAGUUCUUUUGCCGUGUACUAGAAUCUGCGGAUGAGGCGAGAUCAAACAUGCGUGAGCGCAAGUAAGCACUUUGGCGCCGAUGAACGGAUGCCCAAGCGGGUGUAGCGCUGGGUAGUGCUGUAUCCCGAUAAAUUCUGGGUGAAUGCCCCGGGGGUGCACAAAAGGAUAGAAUGUUCUUUAGUUUGGCUGCAGAGAACGCGUUGGGGCGUUCUCAAAGGUACGCAGUAAUGGAGGGGCGAAAAAUACUUGAAAAAAAAGGGGGGGGAGAUAAAUCCCCGC